AUGGUGUCCCGUGGAGCUCGCACGAAUGCUAUAAAACGCCUCCACGAAUGGCUGUCCAUCAGCAAGUUUCUGCCUAUCCAGCGUGUUGAUCCUGCAUGCGCGACAUCCACGCAUCUUCAGAGCUGUGAUCCGGCAACUUGUCAGCCCUUGGUUCAAUUUAAAGAGACCUGCAAUGGAGAUUUGGAUAAAAUCAUCGAAGAGGCCUCGCGUGCACAGAAGGCUUGGUGCAUGCAACCUCCGCUGGAACGUGCAAAAAUUCUGCACAAAUUAGCUGAAUUAAUUCGAUCUGAAUCCGAAUGGCUCGCGGAACUGGAGACGCUGGACACUGGGAAACCACUAUGGGAAUCUUUGAACGAUAUCAACGCGUGCGCUGAUGUGGUGACCAUGUUUGCCGGGUUUCUGCCCACACUCAAUGGAACGCAUUCUCCGGUUCCACCGAAUCCGGCCAGCUUCUACUACACCCGACGUGAGCCAUUCGGUGUUUGUGCCGGGAUCGGAGCCUGGAAUUUCCCAUUUCAGAUGGCCGUGUGGAAGUCUGCACCAGCUGUGGCCGCGGGCAACGCGUUCAUUUUCAAACCAUCUCCUUUGACUCCACUGACAGCUGUUCGCCUCACUGAACUGUACACCAAAGCUGGGUGUCCCAAUUGUCUAUUUUCUGUGGUGCUCGGCGGAUCCAACGUCGGCCAAGCGCUUAUCAACAACCCGAACAUUUCCAAAGUUUCAUUCACGGGUAGCGUCGUCGGUGGUAAAUCGGUGUUAUCCUCCUCGGCGCAUCGCAUCGUUCCAGCUACCAUCGAACUCGGCGGGAACUCUGCCUUGAUUAUAAUGCCCGAUUCCGAUCUCGAUGAAGCAGUCAAGGGGGCGUUGAUGGCCAACUACUUCACUCAGGGGCAGGUGUGUUCCAACGCUAAUCGCGUGUUUGUUCACAAAUCUAUUGCCAAGGCCUUUCAGGAGAAGCUGAUUCCAGCCGUAAGGAAUAUUCGUGUUGGGGACCCUUUUGAUCCUGCCACUUCAAUGGGCGCUUUGAUUUCUCCAGAGCACACAAAGAAAGUCCAGGGCUAUAUUCACAGUGCUAUCUCGGAAGGGGGCAUGGUUCUUAUCGGUGGAACACAACCCACUUUUCCACCGGACUGCGAACUCGAUCCGACGAACUUUCUCACCCCCUGCGUGGUAGCCAACUGUCACGACGAUAUGCUUGCUGUAAAGGAGGAAAUUUUCGGUCCCGUGAUGACGUUGCUCGAGUUCCAAGACGAAGAGGAAGUGAUUCAACGUGCAAACAACAGUCCUUUCGGAUUGGCUGGCGGUGUGUUUACCCGAGAUCUACGCACCGCUCACCGAAUCGCCGCAGAGCUGCAAUGCGGCACCGUCUAUGUGAAUACCUACAACGCCUAUCCGCCCGGUAUCCCGUUCGGUGGCUACAAGCAGUCGGGGUACGGUCGUGAGAACAGUCUCGACACACUGCUCAGUUACACCCAGUUGAAAUCGAUCUACGUUGAAGGGGGUUCACUUCCUAACCCUUUUCCAACCUGAAGUGACGUUGCCACCCAACAAGUGGAGCAGCUUCGUGUCUGCUUAAAGAUAUGGAUGCACCAAUAGAAAGAUGUAUACUGCGUGCGUGCGUGCAUCGAUCCGUCUUCCCUGGUUAUCGAUUGGUGAAUUUGGUUUAUCCACGCACCCUCACGUGACUCGGUCCAAAUUACGCCCAUACGUUAUAUGCCCCUUUUGUGUGCAUGUAUCCAGUGCUUACAUUCCACUUGUACUAAAUGCCAGUUUUACUGUACAACCGUGUCUAUUUAUUUUGCUUAAAUGUACAUUUACGAAGCCUAUUUUGAUUAUCACUUUGCU